CCCAAUUUAUUGCUCGCUCUUUCCCUUGUAAAGCAACUUGUUUCUUUCCAUUCUCAGUAUAACCUUUUCCUCCUUCCCUUGUCCCGUUCCAUCCCUCAAGCUCGGAUCGAUCGGGUUGGGCGGCGGCAGAGGAAGAAGAGAAGAUGAUGUCCAGAUCGUAUACCAACCUACUCGAUCUGGCGUCCGGGAACUUCUCGGCGCUGAGCCUGGGCGGGGGGCGGGCGCCGCGGCGACUGCCGCGAGUGAUGACGGUGCCGGGCACGCUGGCGGACCUGCAGGAGGAGGAGGAGCGCGCCAACAGCGUGGCGUCGGACGUGCAGUCGUCGCAGGCGCAGGACCGCAUCAUCAUCGUGGCCAACCAAUUACCGGUGCGCGCCCGCCGCCGGCCCGAUGAUCGCGGCUGGACUUUCGCCUGGGACGACGACUCUCUCAUCCUCCAGCUCAAGGAUGGCCUCCCCGAUGAUAUGGAGGUCCUCUACGUCGGUUCCCUACGCGUCGACGUCGAGGCUCACGAACAGGACGACGUCGCCCAGGCGCUGCUCGAGCGGUUCCAGUGCGUCCCCACCUUCCUGCCCCCGGACCUCCACGAGCGAUUCUACCAUGGCUUCUGUAAGAACAACCUCUGGCCCCUGUUCCACUACAUGCUUCCCUUCUCCGCCGAUCAUGGCGGCUCCGGAAGCCGCUUCGACCGCUCCUUGUGGGAGUCGUACGUGCUCGCCAACAAGCUCUUCUCCCAGAAGGUCAUCGAGGUGAUCAACCCGGAGGACGACUACGUCUGGAUCCACGACUAUCAUCUUAUGGCCCUCCCCACCUUCCUCCGCCGCCGCUUCAAUCGCCUCCGCAUGGGCUUCUUCCUCCACACCCCCUUCCCCUCCUCCGAGAUCUACCGUACCCUCCCCGUCCGCGAGGAGAUCCUCAAGGCCCUCCUCAAUUGCGACCUCAUCGGCUUCCACACUUUCGACUACGCCCGACACUUCCUCUCCUGCUGCAGCCGCAUGCUCGGCAUCGAGUACCAAUCCAAGCGGGGAUACAUCGGUCUCGACUACUUCGGCCGCACCGUCGGCAUCAAGAUCAUGCCUGUCGGCGUCCACAUGGGCCAGCUCCGGUCCGUGCUCCGCCUUCCCGAUAAGGAGUGGCGGGUUAACCAGCUCCGCCAGCAGUUCGAGGGCAAGACCGUGCUUCUGGGCGUCGACGAUAUGGACAUCUUCAAGGGUAUCAACCUCAAGCUGCUCGCCUUCGAGCACAUGCUGAAGCUCCACCCAAAGUGGCAGGGCAGUGCGGUCCUCGUCCAGAUCGCCAAUCCCCCGAGGGGCCGAGGAAGGGACCUCAAAGAGAUCCAGGGCGAGAUCGAGGAGAGCUGCGAGCGAAUCAACAAGGCGUUUGGGCACGAGGGGUACAGCCCGGUGGUCUUCAUCGACCGCCCCGUCUCCGUGGUCGAGAGGAUCGCUUACUAUACCAUUGCGGAGUGCGUGGUGGUCACGGCGGUAAGGGAUGGGAUGAACCUCACACCCUACGAGUAUAUCGUGUGCAGGCAGGGAAUCGCCGAUUCUCAAGGUUCCCAAGCUGAUAGCCCGAGGAAUAGCAUGCUGGUGGUCUCAGAAUUCAUCGGCUGCUCGCCCUCGCUCAGCGGAGCCAUUCGGGUCAAUCCAUGGAACAUAGAGACCACAGGGGAGGCCAUGAAUGAGGCCAUCUCUCUUUCAGACGGUGAGAAACAGCUGCGGCAUGAGAAGCACUAUCGUUAUGUCAGCACUCAUGAUGUUGCGUAUUGGUCGAAGAGCUUCAUGCAAGACAUGGAGAGGACGUGCAAGGACCAUUUCAGAAGGAGGUGUUGGGGAAUUGGUUUGGGAUUCGGAUUCAGGGUGGUGGCGCUCGAUCCUAAUUUCAGGAAACUCCAUGUUGAUGGAAUCGUGUCUGCUUAUGUGAAAGCUAAGAGUAGGGCUAUCUUGCUGGAUUAUGACGGGACGUUGGUGCCACCGACAUCCAUGAACAAGAGGCCCAGUGCGGAUGUUAUCAGGAUCAUCAAUACCCUCUGUGCAGAUAAGAAGAAUGUAGUCUUUCUUGUCAGCGGAAGAGGUCGGGAAAGCUUAGAGACGUGGUUUUUGCCUUGUGAGAAGCUCGGAAUUGCAGCAGAACAUGGAUACUUUAUUAGGUGGAGUAGGGACAAAGAAUGGGAAACCCAUUGCCAGAACACUGAUUUUGGAUGGAUGCAGAUUGCUGAGCCAGUCAUGAAACUAUAUACAGAGUCCACUGAUGGAUCUUCGGUUGAAACCAAAGAAAGUGCCUUAGUUUGGCACCAUCAGGACGCAGACCCUGGCUUUGGUUCUGCUCAGGCAAAGGAAAUGCUCGAUCAUCUAGAAAGCGUGCUUGCAAAUGAACCAGUCUCAGUGAAGAGUGGCCAGUUUAUCAUUGAAGUCAAACCUCAGGGAGUCACCAAAGGUUUAGUGGCAGAGAAGAUUCUGUCCUCCAUGGUGGAGAAUGGUAGACAAGCUGAUUUUGUACUGUGCGUUGGCGAUGACAGGUCGGAUGAGGACAUGUUUGAAGACAUUGCUGGUGUAGUGACAAAGAAACUGGUAGCUCCUCACACAUCAAUAUUUGGUUGCACCGUCGGGCAGAAACCAAGUAAGGCGAGGUAUUAUCUGGACGACACAACUGACGUCAUAAACAUGCUCAGAGCACUUGCAGAUGCCUCCGAGCCAUCCUUAUCUUCUCCUGAGGAAAUACUGGAACCUAUGCCAUCCGCUGAGACCAAAAGUGAUUACUCCCAAUGACAGCAUUCUUCUGAUUGGUUUCCUCAUAUUCCAUUGGCACGGUAAAAGUAAAGCUUGAACAGCUCUCUGCUCUGCGAAAGAGAUCUUAUGCAAGCGGACAGCAUAUUAGGUUUGAUCAGACUGCUUGAUAGCGAUCCUCCCGAGCAUGUUCAUACGUCGAUCAGCAAUGAAGUAAGCUGCUGAGCGAUGCCGUCAAAACCUCCAGGGGAAGUUCUGCUGCUGGAUCGAGUGGAAACCAGUCUAGGAAGUGGAUAAUUACUGUUUGUCUCAAUUUUUUUUUGACAUGGAACUCUUGCGGUAGAACAAAAUCCGAUGAUUUGACAUGUUAACCAAGAUGAAUAUCACGGAACACACAGGAUUUAUUUAACUAAAGGGUAAAUUUUCAUUCGAUCUCUUUUAUUUGUACACAUAAAUGGCUUGUCAUUCAUGUUCAAUUGUGGAGGAAGUUUUUUGAUUACAGAAGUUUCACAUC